AGUAACUACGGACAUACACGUAACAAUCGUUGACUAUUUCUCUCGGAAAGUCGCUUAACAUUUCCCGCGAUCGGUGAAGAAGCCUUUAACACGAUUUUCCGCGAAAAACUGUUUAAGUAGUGGUGGAAAACUUAUUGACAGUGCAUUGUGAUGUUGAGUGGUACAAGAACUUGCGGUGGUCUAUGAAAAUUAAGGAUUUCGGCCGAAUGCCGACGGGUCACUUAGACGAAGAGGACUUUGUUACUGUGAAGACGCGGUCUAACACACCAGAAGGUGCUGCGGCCGGCGGAAGCGGGACGUUUUGGUUGUCCGCAGUGCCGGCUGCAGCACAGCCUCUCGAAGGUUGUAAUGAAACCGGAUUCAUUAAUAGUCAGCCUUCGAUGGCUGAAUUCAUGACUGCCUUACCACACCUUUCUAAUGAACUACCUCAUGGACCACCAAUUAGCCCUCAACAAACACCUCCGUCGAGUGGAUAUCCUAUGGAUGUACCUCAUGGAAUGGGAUCGCCUGGUGUUAACGUACCCGAAUAUCCGUGGAUGAAAGAAAAGAAAACUACAAGGAAGAACAACCAACAGGGAUCAAGGAAAAGUAACAAAAAACUCUCCUCAAUGCUUUUUGGUAACGAAGACAAUGACGAAAAUGGUCUUCCGAGGAGACUUAGAACAGCCUACACAAAUACGCAAUUACUAGAGUUAGAGAAAGAAUUCCACUUUAACAAAUACUUGUGCCGGCCAAGGCGAAUUGAAAUAGCAGCUUCGUUAGAUCUUACCGAACGACAGGUGAAAGUAUGGUUCCAAAACAGACGGAUGAAGCACAAAAGACAAACACUAGGGAAGCAAGGAGAAGAUGGAGACGAUAAAGAUUCAGUAACAAGUGAAGGUGGUAAAAGCGCCAAACUAUCCGAUAAAUUUCUUGAUGAUGAAAUGUCAAAGAAGAGCUGUCAAGGUUGCGAAAUGCCUACUGCAGGUUUAUGCAAUUCGCACGAGGAAAUUUCUGAGGUUACUUCUACAAGAGGAAACAACAAUAACACUCCUAGUGCGACUAAUAAUAACACAAAUUUUAAUAAUAAUAGUAAUGGAGCAAGUAGUAUUGGUAGCUCCGGUAGUUUCGACAAAUUAAUGAAUGAAGAAGAUUCACGAUCGAAUGAAGGCAGUGGAACACAAACUUCGCCAAGGAUUUCCAAAAAAAAUUCUUCUUCAAUACCGAAUAACGUGGUAGUAAAAAUCGAAGGACGCAGAAACUCACCCAACUCAUGUGAUAGAAAAAUAGGAAUAAGAAAAAUCUCCCCAAGUCCUAGUCAAAGUAAAGACGUCGGUAUAGGCUUGAAUUCACUGGAAAAUAUCACUACAAAAUUAUCACCGAAAAGUUCUUCUGGGACUCCAGUGAUUCCAAGUGGCCCUUUGAGUUUGCCUACGAAUAUGGUUUACCAGCAAGUCCCACGAUCAUCCCCAACCACAGCUACAGCAAUAGCUUCAGCAACUGUCACAAUCCAGAAUAUUCCCAAUGCCAUUCCGCCAUUUGCAUCAAGAGGAUCUUCUGCUACUCAUUUUCCCAAUCAAUACAAUAUGAACAACAGCCAAUCUGAUUACCGAGCCGAAAGAUCAAAGCACUAUCAAAAUAUGACACAAAUGUAUUCAUCAGAUAUGUAUAAUCAUGAACAUACCGGAAUCAACGAAACACAUACGUAUCACCGAGGUCAGCCUCACUCUAAUAAUAUGGGACAUGUUAAGUUCAACAAUAGAAGACAACCAUAUACUGGUUAUACCAAUCAACAGCAAUACUACUAUAAUAAUCAGAGUGUGGAGAAGUACGGAAUGAGUCAUAAUAACUACAAUCAAGGUUAUGCUGACCAUGCAGGCUACAAUAAUUACAGUUAUGGUUAUAAUAGUGAUGGAAACGAAGCUGUACAUAUGCAAAACUCGGUACAAAUAAAUCAUGAACAUCCUGGUAACUAUUAUCCUAUCGAAGGUACAAUACCAAAAGUUCAGAAUCCGGUUGAGUAUCCAGGAAAAGUUGCAUAUUAUGAUAAUAAUUAUACUUCUAACCACAUGCCUCCGACUACUUUACAAACUAAUGAUGCUUCAUAUAAUAUGGGACAAGAGGUUUUCCCUAGUAGCAACAAUAGCUCCGCUACAAUAAUGACUCCACCUGCAAGUGCUCCCACAGAAAAUAAUGAGAAUUACAAUAAUUUCCAUCAAUUUUAUCCCGGAGAGUCUCAAACCCAAGUUCCCGUUCCAGGUGAAAGUAGUAAUAGCUCAUCUGAUUUUAACUUUUUAAGUAACUUAGCGAAUGAUUAUACUCCUGAGUAUUAUCAAAUCUGAUUCAGUGCAAUUGAAAAUAAAAUGUAUAGGUAGCUGUUUAUAUUCUUAAGAUUUGUUGAUUUUCAUUGGUUUAUAUUUGUUUAUUUACGAAAUAAUUCUGAAAGUACAACAAAUAAAGAAUUCAUCGGAAAACACUUCAACAUUUUAUAACGUUUUACAUAUUUGGAUUUUAUUUUAGUUGACGAAAUAUCUACGAAGAGGUUUUACUAAUUAUUUUACUAAUACUGAUAUGUCAAUAAGUAUGAAGUAGAUUUUUGUUAAAGCUUAAACACAACUAAUUACAUAGUUAUAAUCAAAAUAUGAAAAUAUUUCAUUAACCAAACGGUUGCAGAAUCACUAAUCACACUUGAAUAGAAAUUAUCCUUGACAUGUUCAGUGUCGUAGCUUGGACUAAUAUAGACGUGGGCAAAGUCGCAUCAGCGAUCCUUUCAUUACCAAAAUGUACCUAAUAAAAUAUAAUUCCGAACAUGUUUUGAUACGACAUGCCUACUCAUGAUGGUGAAAUAAUAUAAAUGGAAGGUGAGGGAAUAUGAAGAAGGUUAUAGAUUGGCAAUUGGAAAUGUUUUUCGGUUUUUGCUUUACUAAAGUCCUCUAAUAAGCAGUGUCGAAACCUACAAAACGGCCAUAUAAACAACAUACAAAACCUUACAAAAUUCAAAUCAGAGAGAUAAAGCAGCCCUAAAGGAUCUCUCUGACCGGUUACAAAACCAAACGAAAUGGAACCAAUAGAUGCCAAAAAAUGGACUCACGCCAAUAAUCAUUUUGAGAAAAUUGAAAAAUAACGCAAGACAAAGGAACAUAGGCAAUCCAAAUCGAUGAAAGACCAAGAAAACAGGAAAGUUUCAUUCGUUCCUUCCAAAACUUUCCCAGGGGAUGGAGAAGUUAUGAAAUCUGCUUUGAUUGAGAGUAUUGCUAAACUAGAUAGUCGGUCAUGCUUCAUAUUGUUUCUUGAGUAAUCUUUAACUUAGAAAAACUUCUUUCUGUGAAAGCUGUACUUACAGGCAUAGUCAACAUAAUUCUAAUAGCAAUCCAAACAUUAGGAUAAAUAUCUUCCACUUCAUUUGUAAUUAUGUAUUGGAUCAUCCGACUGGCGUUUGGUAUAUUAGGCACUUCGUGGAGCUCAUAAGAUUCUAUGUCUUUGUUUUCUCUAUCCUAUAUCUAAAAUCUAUAAUCUAUACCUAUAAUUAUUUAUCCAGAAGAAUGCAAAAUUGUUGCAAUAUUCAGUGGGUGCGGUAAAUCUUGUUAAUAUCUUGUAUCACGCCGUCAACCAUUGUUGUAAUGAAAAGAAUCAAUUCUGAAUCAACUAUCAACGGAAUCAAUAGGUUCGUCUACAGGUUCAUAAUUAAAUAUUUUCUUUUUUUGUCGAAUCGUUUCUCUUUAAUAGCCAUUCGUAUCUCACGACUGCAAUUUUCUAUAAAUUCGUAUUUCAGCACAUUCAUUAAAGCCUGUUUCCCGAAAUUUCUGAAACUGGUUACAAAAAUUGCAAAUUGUCAAUGGCGAGGCCAUUUAAAGUGCGAGGCCGUGGGCGAGGACCCACUUCGCCCACGUCUAGGACGCCACUGCACAUGUUCAUUCUGCAAUUUUAAUAACAUUCCUUUAAUAUAAUCACUAAUUAGUUCACGUUUCAAUUACAAAAUCUCCCAAUUUUCUUUUGGAAAUCAAACACAUGAAUACUACAAUGGAAUUCCCAUAUUAAAUUUUAUCAGAUCUUAUUCAUAUUAUAUGAGUGGUAGAUAAAUUAAAGAGAUGAAACUCUUUAGACAAAAGUAAAGAUUUUUGACUUAUAUAUGAGUAUCGUUUUCAAAGAUUAGUUGGCUGAAUUGAAUAACAGUGCAAUUAGUUUUAAUAGAGUAGGAAGACUUCAAAGAUAUUAUUUCAUUUUAUAUGUGAAUGUAUUUUUUGUUUCUUCAGUUUCAUUCUAUAAAAAUGUGUAUUAGUAAACACUUCUCGUAUAUUUUCAAUUUAUUUAUGUUAAAUAAUUGUUAAUUGUUAUUAAUUUUAUACGCCUAACGUAGUGAAUAAGUCCACAUUUGGCAACUAAAUUCUUCGAUGUGGUUCAUUUAUUUUUUCCUCAUUUCCACUUCGUUCUAACAUAGUAAUACCACUUCCAUAUAUUUUGUUCUGACAUUAAUGAAUGACGCAACUAUUUGUCGAACAAAACAAAACAGUUGAUUUGUUUUUUACAUUAUGCUGCAAAAAUCUUGAGAUAAUAAAAAUAUAACAAAAUGUCGUAGGAGUGUUAAAAGUAGAUUCACAAGUAAAUCGAUGACGUCUAUCUUAAAAAACUACACCUGAAUUUCAAACUAUUCGUACUUAUUAAUCGGAAGAAUGACGAUUUUAUUAAAAUCGACUCUACUUGCUUCUACUUUAAAAGUUAGCGGAAAAUUGUCGCAUUCGACCCAUAGCUGUAAUUUCUAACCUGAAAUUUCUUCUUUAAGUAGUGGUGGUUAUAAGGGUUAAAUAUAAGGUUAUUAGACACGAUUUUGUUUAAAAACACAUUAUCAUCCUCAUAACGAAAUCUUUUUGGAUUUGGACAUCGUAUACAAAUCAAAAAUAAAAAAAAUGAACUAAACAGCUAACAUCAGAAAUUUGUUAUUUAUAUUCUUAUCCAUUACAGAAAACACAUGAUUUAUAAAGGCAACUAGCCAUCUAUUUAAUGAAAGAACCAUAAAGCCGAUUUUAAUAAAACUAAUCUCUUCCUUUGUUAAAAGACGACACUAACUAUUAUUUAUUAUAAUUAUAAAUAUUAUUAUUGACUACCUGUUAGAUAUGUAACAAAUAAAAUCGAUUUUUCUAAAAUCUAAAAUUUCCGAUAGUUUCCUUAUAUGAAUUAAAGUCCAUCCGUUGAGAUAGGAGGACUAUAUGAAUUAAAAUAAUUUCAAAACAUUUUAUAUUUAAUACGAAAAACAAGACACUGGCAAUUGAUUGAUAUAGUGGAGUAACUAGCACUAAGCUAAAGUUAUUUCUUCCAUCAAAUUCAAUCGUAGUUAAAAGGUUACCACCCAUAGAGUAAGUUUGAGAAGAAAAACUUUUCAAUUGAUACCUCGUUAUUACGAGAUAUUAAUUCGACAUUCAGCCGACUUUUUCUUCAAAAAAUAGUGGCGUGAGAAUCUCUCAUUCAAGUUGCAGCAUCUACACUUAAGUCAAUCAAGUAACUUUGAAAUAUAUAUGUCAAUCUCUAUGAACGCAUAAUCUAUCGCCUAAUCUAACACUUCAAUCCAUCCAGAAGAUGAUAACUUGAUUAAUUGUUUUUCAAAGGCAUCAAUUGCGUUUGCUAAUAAUCAAAAAGGCUACCUUCAGUUGGUUGAAAUAUAAAGAAAUUGUUGAGUUUAUUGAUAGAAAACAAAUUCUUUACAGCCUUCUAGAUGCUUGAAGAACUCUUAUCGAGAUUUCUCCAUAAUGAAGCUCCUAUACUGCAAAUUGGCUCUCAUGCAUAAUUCCAGUACGGAAUAAAACUAGUACAUAGCUUCAAACACUGAAAAGUUUAUGGAAAAACUUACGUGAGCUGAUCAUACUAAUGUUCAAACUUGUCUUGAUUUCAUGGUAUUCUUAAAUUAAAUAGAGUGUAGCAUCGAUGUGAAGAUAUAUAACAAAUUUUGAAGUAACUGAAAUUCUUCAUUAAGAAGAUAUGAUUUGAGUAAUUCAUUAGCAAACGCGGUUUAAUACUCCAGCUUCCGAUACUCUGUGCUCUGAAAAUGGUUUGAGCUUGAGAUGAAAUUAUUCUUAUUUAAAUUCCAAAAAUCUAUUUUUAUUCAAAUAUCCAACUCCAACUCAAAUGAACCUUAUAUCAUAUCAACACAAUUCAAGCAGCAUACCUUCAAAAUGAACUGAACUAAUGGAAGGUGGAGAAAGCUUUGAAAAUAAUAAUUACAGAAUGUGUGAAUGUAGGAAAAAUUAAGACAAUCACAUUUAACUGAUUAGUUUAUCAUGUUUAUGUUCCAAACACGAAUAAUCUUAGUGACAAUCCCUAAAAUUGUUGAUACAUUUAAUGUUUUCGUCAGUUUUUAAAAUUGUAUAGAGUUGUCAGAGAAAUCAGUUUCAUUUCGAAAAAUGUACAAAAUAGUCAAGUAGAAAUGUUGCACAUACACCAACGAGGGACAGCCUGGGAUAUUUACCAAAUGAAGCAUACCAUUGGCUAUACUUUCAUUUGAAACUUACUGCAGAACAAUAUUUGAGGUAAAAGUUAUACAUUUUAAUAAAAAAUUUGAAAUAUUCUGUGUACGGUGUUAAGAGAAUAGGACUAUUACCAUUUCCACCAAUUUUUAAAUAGAUAUAAAGUGUGGGAAAUUUAAGAUGAAGAACAUAUUUCUGUUAACAUGGAAUUCAGAUUUCAAUAUUCAUUCAAUCAUACUAGGUCUCAUCAUGAUUAACUGAAAUUUAAUUGACGAUAUUCACGGAAAAAUUCAUAUUUUUAUUAUCCAUAUAUGACCCUAUUGUUAGCGAACAAAUAUAGUAGAUUGUAGGAUUACUUCCUAAUCAAUUGAAAUUGUUAAUAGUUGAUUGAAGUUGUACUUACCUCUUAGUACACCAACAGAAAAUGUCUUAUAUUUGGUAAAUAUCGUAGAUUUUCCUAAUUGUAUAAAAAAAUUUCAUUAUGUAUAAUUCUGAGAAAACAUAGGGUAGAAAGUUAAUGUAAAUAUCUCGUUUAUGUACUCGUAUUAUACAUAGUAUAUUGUACAGUUCUAGUAAAACAUUGGUACUCAAGCAUUUUGAUUCAGAAUAUAAAACUAUAGCUUUA